AAAAGAGAUUUACCCUCUUUCCUGUCGACCGUGUGCCCUCUGAAGUGUUGUUGAAGUCUUGUGUACCUCACCUACUCUCUCUGCCUGUUUCUCUCUCCCUCACACUCUGUCACGCUUCCACGACCCACCUCCCCCGAGUCCCCCCACCACACACACACUCCACUCUGCAUCGCUCGCCACAGCAACAGAAACAGGCAGUCAGACUGCGUGCGGGACUCGAGCGGUGUGGCAGAGCAGCGGCGUGAAAGUGCAGAAAGAGUGAGACAGCGAGAGAAAGAAAGAACGAAAGAGAGGAGGCACGGAGCAAUGGAGAUGGAGGAAAGCUUUGAUGCAGAGGGCAGUUUAGAUGAUGCCUCCUGUCUGUCCCCUCAGAGCCCAGGGUCCACCUCCCUGGCCAGGAGGCAGAAUAAGGAAAAGGAGAUCAAGGAGACUAAAAUCACAAUCAACUGCGUCACCUUCCCUGUGCCCGCGUCUGCGCUGGAGCAGCAGCUUCUCAAGCCCAAUGAAUGGAGCUACUGCGACUAUUUCUGGGCCGAUAAGAGGGACCCUCAGGGGGCCACGGUGUCAGGGUUCGAGGUGCUGCUGCAGAAACAGCUGAAGGGGAAGCAGAUGCAGAAAGAGAUGGCAGAGUUCAUCAGAGAAAGGAUAAAAAUCGAAGAGGAAUAUGCCAAGAACCUUUCCAAACUCUCCAUGUUCCCGAUGGCAGCACAAGAGGAAGGGACUCUUGGAGAAGCUUGGGCCCAACUUAAGAAGAGUCUAGCUGAUGAAGCUGAGGUCCAUCUCAAGUUCUCCUCAAAGCUCCAGAGUGAAGUCGAGAAGCCUUUACUGACCUUCAGAGGAGACAACUUUAAAAAAGACAUGAAGAAAUACGACCACCACAUCGCUGACCUGAGGAAGCAGCUGGUCAGCCGUUAUGCUGCUGUGGAGAAGGCACGGAAGGCUCUAGCAGACAGACAGAAGGAUCUUGAGGUGAAAACACAGCAGCUUGAGAUCAAAUUGAGCAACAAAACAGAAGAGGAUAUUAAAAAAGCCAGACGGAAAUCCACACAAGCAGGUGAUGAUCUGAUGCGUUGUGUGGACCUUUACAAUCAGGCUCAGUCAAAGUGGUUUGAGGAGAUGGUCACCACAAGCCUGGAGUUGGAGAGGUUGGAGUUGGAGCGGGUAGAGACGAUACAGCAGCUUCUGCGUCAGUACACCACACUGCGGCAUGAAACGGAUAUGUUCAACCAAAGUACGAUGGAGCCAGUGGACCAGCUUCUGCAGAGUGUGGAUCCUGCCAAAGACAGAGAGCUCUGGGUAAAGGAACACAAGACGGGGGAUCUGAGACCUGUGGACAUGGACAUCUAGACAAAACACACACACAUUGUACUAUAUGAAUCUACCUGCAUGCCUGUCUACCUGAGUACUUCAGCCUCUCAGCCAAAGCCAUACAGGUAUCACCCCUUGAAGCACUGCUUGUUUUGUGGAUUUCCACUGAAAAUAUUAGAUAAUUACAAAAUUACACAAAGCUUUAUAGAAGAUUUUCUUAAUGUCAUGUGGAAUGAGUGACGGAAAAGGACAGCAGCACAGCAGACGCAUUAUGAUACUGAGUAGCCAUCCAUAUAAUCCUGCAUGUGCUUUGAAUAAUAUGCUACUUAAGACUUCCCGGUAUGUCAAUUACAUUAACAUGAUUCAAGUAGUAAAGGCACCAUUGAUGUAUAGAUCUGAACAGAAUACUGUACAGUAAAACACCUCUUUGUUCAUUUGCCGCAGUGGACUCCUGUUAAACAAACUUAAUCCAAUCAGGUUUUUUUUAAUCUUUUUGGUGUUGAAACAGUGUACACACAUUGAACUACACAGCUAGUUUGCAGAUCUUUAUAGUUGCCUGGACUAAAGCGUGAGUCAAACGUUUGAACACAUGUAAGCGGACAGCUUCAGGAUGCCAUAAAGGUGUUCAAAGACCUCAAAAAUUAUUCAUCCUUAGCAGAAAUAACCAGCAUCAAAGUUACGGGGUGGGGUGGGUGGGGGGAGUUAAAGCAUAUCAUCGUUUAGUAGUUAUAUUGUUAAAUCUGUAUUGUAUUUAAAAAAAAAAAGUUUUGUUUUUGCAACAAGGAAUGCAGUGGAAAGUUUUUAAUGCUAUUUUCACAAACUCCACAUAAACUGCUGGUGAAUCUACAGCCUUAUGAGAGAGGGAUCAGGUUGCAUUGGUUAAGUAUGGAAUUUAUAUAUUUUCAUAUAUUUGCAGAUUUAUUUUACAGAAAAGCAUGUUUUAUCUAAAUGUAGGACUAGUUGUGUAUGGUUAAUGGAUGUGUAAGUUAAAUGGUGGUGGUUAGUCCAUUGAUUGUGUUCAUGAAAGAUGUCAACAAGCCAGGACUUGAUAGCAAAGUCAUAUAAUUUUUUCCAGUUUAAGCCAAGAAAUCCCCUUAUGCAGCCAGAUUUACCCUGUUGGCAUCUAAAUUUAUUCUUAAUGGUGAAAUUAUAUGGUUCGGCUGUAGAAUCCGGGUGUCAAUCAAAGGUGGAUCAGAUGUGAAUUCUAAUGAUUUGUGUUAUAAUGUACACCUUUUAGUGCCUAAAGGUUAAUUGCCUUGGAAUGUUCACAAUCUAUUGUGUUAAGUGUUUGUACAUAAUUGUAAACAUGUGUGUGGCCUUUUUUUUUUUUGUCUGUAUUUGUUGUCAGGCUCAUCCUACAUCAUGCUCACCUCUCUGUAGUGUUUGUCAUACUAUGCUUUAAAAGAUGUAAACAUUUGACUGGAUGCAACAGUUUUCUGCUGAAUGCACAUAGGCAGCUAAUUAUCACACUGUUCGAAUCGCACAGCUCCAAUAAUGGAAGAUAGAUGAAACAUUGCAAUUUUCAAACUUUAUACAGUAAUAUUGAGAAAAUUGAUAUAUUUAUAUAGCACAGGAAGUAAAAGCACACUUUGGGAAAUGAAAAUAUCUGUGCUUUCAUUCAAAUUCCUAUCAGAUUUGUAUUUAUUUUUUUACUAUCGGUCAAUAUAGGGAAAAAAACAUUAGUGGUUAGAGUUAGAUAAAUACGUUGCACAAUAAAAUCAAGCAUGGAAUUAGUGUAAAAAUAAAUCUGCAAGUCGCAAAUAACCUCAUGCAUGCCAGAAAUACAUGAUUUGGAUCAUAAGUGCACAGCUGAGAACAUUGUAAAAUGCAAAUUAACAUGUCCUAUAAUGUGAAGGUAAAUCUAAAAUUUAUAAGGAAAAAUGCUGUACCAUGAGAGGUAAUGCAUUCAGGUUAUUAUUUACUUUAUCAUUUGGAAGUUACUAACAGUCGCUCUCUUUUCACCUAACAUGGGGUAUGACUGGUUUACAUUUGCUGUUUAGCAUGUAACAAGUUUACUGUACUGCGUAGCCCAAGCUAUUCUAGAACUACAUGUUGCAGAAGUUGUAUUGAAACUUGAUGUCAAUGGUGUGCAUUGUGUAUUCUGAAGAACCGUUCAGUUGAAUGUCUGUGUUCCAAGCUAGAUCUUUUAUAUAUAUAUAAUAUUGUAAAUGUUGAUUUAUUUGCUCUCAACUUAAUAGUCUUCAUUGAUAAUAUUCAUUUAUCAACAUGUUUAUGAAGAUAUGAUGUUUGUUGAAUUUGACCAGGAAAUUACUUCAUUGUCUAUAAUAUAAUAAUAAUAAAGAGCUCUAAUUGUUUAUCACCAUUGAGGUUUCUUAUUUUUAGCAACAUUAGCAUGUAGUAUUUAAGAAUAAGAAUUAAGAAUACAAGCCAACUCCCAAAUGGCUGUAAAUGAAGAAAGAUGUUUGUUUUUUUGCAUGCAGAGUGUGUAUAGCCUAACUUUUGCAGCUAACCAGACAAACAUUGGACCCCUGCUUCAAAACAAUGGCAAACUAAACCAAAAACCCAUAUUUCCAUGAACAAGACUUCCAUCAGGUCAAUUUAAUGCAACACUACUAAAAAUAAUGAUCCUCUCAGGUGACCUUUUAGCCUCUGUUUUCAACUAAGUCAAAAGCAGCCAUGCUGCAGAGCUUUGCCCAUUGUUUUGCAGCUCACUGUCCUAGUGCUGAAACCAGGCCAUGCAUUAGCCUGAGCUAAAGAUGGCUUUAAGAAAAGGAGGUGGUAAGCCCCUGUGUUUCAGGCUUGUCCUUAGAGCUUUGGUCAUAAGCAGCGUCAACAUGAUAAAGAUACACUCAGGGUGAGAGCCCUUUCUAGUAUUCAAGUUUAGUAAGUCUAAACUUGAUUAGAGACUCAAGACACUAAUCUCACUCUGAACUCAAUCAGUUAAUUAAAGGUCCAGCUAAAUAUCCUUUUUGAGAUAGCUUUGUUUUUGUGUGAUAAUAUUGUGUACAAAAGUAGGUCAGUAACUUUCUGAAACAACAAGUGGUGGUUACAUGAUAUUACCAGUUACUUGCAUUGAAAAUCAGCUCAAAAAUAUAUUUAUGUACAGUAUAUUGAAACUGAAUAAUUGAAAAAAAAGAACAUGAAUGACGUGUUGACAUCUGUACAUCAGGCUGCUAAAUUAAUAUACAAAUACGUGGACCGAAACCACACAGUCAGUCCUGACUGGCUUGUAUAUGGUUAUUUCAAUAGUACAACAGUCAUGUUGUCGGGGUGGCACCGACCCCCACAGAAAUCUGAUUGCCCACCCCAGGUGCCCCGCUACCAGAUAUCUUGUGAUUGGCUUGUUUUUUUUUAAUUUCUCACUGAAUCUGGCAUGGGCAAUAUAGGUGGCUAUACUCUUAUAUAUACUUAAUGUUAGGUAAUUUCUCCUUAGCAGAAGUUAUAUGUCGAGUUAUGUUAAUAACAAGACCAGAAGGGCUUUUUUAAUUCAGACAAAGAGCAGGCUUAUCCCACUAAAUGGAAGCAAGCUGAUUAUAGUCAGCCUUUUCUAGUUAUUUUAUUAUUUAAUACUUAUUUGA